UUUCAGCUGCCUUUGAGGGGGAAAUGGAGCAAGGGCAGGGACUGCUUAUAGACUGAGGGUUUACAGCAGCGGCUUUCAGCCUUUAGUUGUGUUAUCUUCUAGAAAGGCAGCGAAAUGUUUGCUUGGACUGUGCUGGCGCUCUCAGCCGCGAUCGUCCUGCGAGCAGCGCAAUCCUACAAGCCGGUCAUUGUGGUGCACGGUUUGUUUGACAGCCCAGGGGAUUUCAAAUUGUUCCAAGGUUUCAUCAACGAGACACAUCCAGGUACCAAUGUGACUGUCAUUGACCUGUUUGAUCACACACAGAGCCUGAAGUCACUGUGGAGUCAGGUGGAUGGAUUCAAAGCAGCCAUCUAUCCCAUCAUGCAGAAUGCAGCGAAUGGGGUUCACAUGAUCUGUUACUCCCAAGGCGGUCUGAUCUGUCGAGGUAUCCUCUCUACGAUGCCAGACCACAAUGUGGACACCUUGAUAUCGCUGUCCUCUCCUCAGCUUGGCCAGUAUGGAGAUACCAAUUACCUGAAAUGGCUUUUUCCAAAUUAUGUGAAGUCCAAUCUCUACCACUUCUGUUACACACAAAUCGGGCAGUGUUUCUCCAUCUGUAAUUACUGGAAUGAUCCUCACCAUCACAAACUUUACCUCAACAGCAGCAACUACCUGGCCUUCCUUAAUAAUGAGAGGGAAAAUCCUAAUGCUACAGAUUGGAAGAAAAAUUUUCUGCGAAUCAAGAAGCUUGUUCUGAUUGGUGGACCAGACGAUGGGGUCAUAACUCCAUGGCAGUCAAGUCAGUUUGGAUUUUACAAUGAGAACGAGACGGUGAUAGAUAUGAGACAACAGCUGGUUUACAUCAAGGACACAUUUGGCUUAAAAAGUCUGGAUACCCAGGGAGCCAUUCAUACUUUUACAGUGAACAAUGUGCAUCACACCAAAUGGCACUCCAACCGCACUGUAUUCGACAAUUAUAUUGUCAAAUGGCUCACGUAAAAGAUGAUUAAGUGGGACAUCCAUGCUGUGAAGGACAGGCGAACUGUGAACUCAGAAUGUACAACAAAUCAAACUGAACCUUGGAAAGAUGGGUACUGUGCAGGGGGUAGGGCAAGCUCUCCAGAUCUGUAAGGUUUCCUGUGGACGCCCUUUGUUUAAAUGCAUUGACAAUCAACUGUGGCAGCUGGUCAGAGAGGACUGAAUGUCACCAGUGAAUGUCACCUCAGUGGGUGACUGGGGCAGGGGCGAGGAAAGGGGCUUUUAGACAUGUGAAGGGGGUUUGGGGAAAUGAGGGGAAGAACCACUGAUACUGAAAUCCAAUCCAGAAGGAAGACACCCCUCACUGAGAAUCGGCGACCAGGUCAAAGAUUUAAUUUUUGCUGCUUCGAGCUUUUUGUCUUGCAUCUUCCUCAAUGAAAGAAUAGGGAACCUGCAUCAAUGCUGCUUUCUAAAAUGAGUGUUAUGCUGAAUCAAUACAAGCAAUUUUUCAAAUUGUUUUUAAACAUGAGAAUAACACUUGAUGACUACCUCUAGUAUUCUGCCCGUUAAAUGCACACUAAAUGGAGCGGGAAAGGGAGCAGAGGGAAAUGGAUCAUUUGGAGCUAUUCCUGACUUGUGUAAAGCCUGUAUUUAAACACAAAGGAUGGAAAUUAGGCUGUGAUUUAAUUUGUAAUAUGCCUCAUCAUUUAGCUUAAAUCUCCACCCUCCUAUCGCCUUUCCGAAUACCUCCUGAACAGGUUAAUAACCCUACCCAUGGGUUGUUGCCAUGGAAUUUACUCAUUAGACCUGACUCAUCAAUGCCCCCCUCCUAUUUGAUUUCCCUUCCUUGGUAAAGUUCACUGACCAGUCUGGCCUGAUUUGGCUCUGUUCAGAGUUCACCUCUCCUUUAGUGAUUUGGACAUCCAAUCAUUUAAAGAGAAGUGUAAUUUUUUUUGAAGGAAAGAAAAAUGCUUUCUAUAUCUGAACUUCUAAAGUCCUAUUUCAAAUGAAUAAUUUUGAACGAAGGGAGGGUUUUUAAGGGUCAGUAAUUUAAGGUUUUUGUCUUUUAUAUAAAAAUUGUGAAAGGAUGUUAAAACAGGUAUAUGGUUGGUUCUUAAUAGUUAUUGAAUGCCUCAGGAAUAUGAGGAUGCCCAAUGUUGGCGUUGGGAGUAAAAUCAAUUGUACAGAAGGGAAGGUGUGGCUGGGGUUGAUGUGAGUUGCUUAUUCUGAUAGUACUGCUUUUUCCCAGGAGGGGUGCUUUUGUACCAAUGGAGACUGCCAAUGCGCCACUAAUUUACUGUUCAUGAGUGGUAUUUCAGGAAGUUAUCUCCAUUCCCACCCAUCACUUUAAUUAUACUGAAGUGUUAAUAGGGGACGAUCUGCCUGUUCUAAGGUAAAAAAAUGUUUAAUUCUGUUCUAACUUCUUUACAACUUGUAAACCCUGUUGACCUCAAACUCUUGUUAUAUAUUGGUCUAUGUUUGGUUGUGGGAGUUAUUGUCACAUUGGAGCAACCAGAUGUUCUAUAUUUCCACCCAUUGACUGUGCUUUCACUCUUGGGUUCUGUUCAGAAUGAGCUGUCUUUAAUCAUUCCCUCAGAUGGCCUUGUGGUCUCGCUGAGGGAAUCAGAAGCAGUGGGCAGGAGUAGUUGCAAUACCUCAAGGAAAUGAGUUCAUCAAAGGUGAGGGAGAAAUUUUGAAGCUAAAGACUGCAACAACGUAAUGGAGGGAAGAUUCAGCAUUAAUGUAAAGAAUUUCUUUCCUAGCUUUUCCGUCAAUGCUAAAGCCUAUGUUUUAAGCCAAUGUGGGCAUUGUCAUUGGAAAGAGAAACUGAACGGACUUGGAGAUCAGAAAGAAACAGAAAAUGCUGGGGGUACAACUGCAGAACCGUCAGUGUCUGAAAAACUUUCACGAGGAAUAGGUUAAAAUAAGGUGUUAGAUUUCUCAGGCACAGUUUUAUUUUUUUCUAAUCGUAAAAGUAAGUGUUCAAUAAUGAGUUUUAUGAAACUCCGAGUAUAAAGACUCUGUAAAUAUGUAUUUGGUUUUGACUAAGAGUGUGCAAGGAUACAUUUACAAAGCUCACUGAUUUCAGACUUUUUUUGCAACAUUGCAUUUGAUUGACUUUCUUUUUCUUUUAAAUUCUUGAAGUCCAGCUUUCCCUGGAAUUGCGCCAGUAUCCUGGUCUCUGGGAAUUCUCCUGAGCACCACCAUCAAUAGGAAUAUCUGAUGAAAGCUAACCAAACUGAAGCAUUGACUGUUUUUCUCUUCUGUUUAUAAACACUGCCCAGCCUGCUGAGUAUUUCCAGCAUUUCUUCAUUUUUAUUACAAACUUAACUCCUCAAUGUUGCAUUUACAUAGGAACAGGAGUGGGCCAUUCAGCCCUUCAAGCCUAUGCCACAUUGUUUAGUGAGAUUGUAGCUGAUCUGCCAUUUAGUCUUCUUUAAUCUGAUAAGUGCUCAGAUAGUGAUAGACUUUAGGGACAUUUUACAGUCUAUCUUGGUUAGUUUAGCUGCAUGAACAACAGCCCAAAGUUGGGAUAUUAUCCAGUUUUCAAUCCUGUUGAAUUUAUCAGUUCACUGUCUUCACAGUACCUUUUUAACCUAUUUAUUUUAAACUGUCAGUGUCACCUUGUUAAAAGUGUAUUGAGGCUUUUGAUGGGCGUGCAUUCAUUCAACGCUAAUCCUCCGUAUCAUUAUGGAUCAUUAAUCUAUUCACAGAUAGACAAGGCUUUGUGUUUGACAAAAGUUAAUUCAUGUGAAAGUGUGAGCAAUGAAUUUACUUCCCAACACACUGAUACCUACACAAUGCGGACAAUAAUUUAGUUUGCAAAAAUUAAAUUUCUGAGAGUUGCCAGGUUGGGCAGCUUCUCUCAUAUAGACUUGAUUCACCAUGUGCUUGCUCUGGGUAAGAUCAGACAUUAGUGCUCCUAUCGACCUCACCCUGAGAGCAACCAUUGGAAAUGGAAGUACAGCUGACCCCAAUAUGCUGAGCUGUUACUGAACUCUGCUGUUAACCUGCUUGUUAGGUUUCUGUUAUACCACUUUCUGUAAAACUCUUGGGAAUACUCAAUAUUUCCGUCCCUUUCCCGGAGAAGUUAAGAAGAACAAUACCUUCCCACAGAACUUGAUAAAUAUUUUCCAGUUAUGAAGCUGCCCUGUGUAAUUGAUAUUCAAUAUUUAAUAAUGUCAGUCCUUUCCCCAUGCAAUCCUUUGUAAAAGAAUAUAAUGAAGGUUGAGUUAUCCAUGAUGACAGCUGACUCCAAGGAAGCAAAUUGCCCCUUUUCGUGUUGAUUUUUAGGGUUGCAAUGCACCUCAAAUCUAGGGAGGUUGGCUUUGAUAAUUCCAUGGUGUUUUGAAUAAAUCGAUACCUGUGGUGGCUGAUGGUGACCUGGUAGAAUAGUGUAGGUGGUGAGGCUGGUAUUAUUGCAGUGAGGGGGUUCAUCAUUUAUACUGGGACAAUUGCUGGAUGUGUAAUUCUGCUCGAUGCUAGUGCUAGCUGCUAUACCUGAAUAAAACUGAGGGAUGUCAACAUUGAACCAGAAUCAACAACAUGUGCUAAUUAUCAACAAGUUGUGCUUUCCCUUAAUUUGUUGGGCCUUGGUUCUACAUUUUCCAUAUUGUUUGUAAAUUAUUCCAAUGUUGCCUCAUUCUUCUACUGUCUAAUAAAAGUAUUUUAAAGAA